GUUAAGCCCCUUGACCUUGGUCCUUGGGAGCCCACCCCUGCGUAUCUGAGAGGCUUGGCGACAGGCCAAGAAGGGUCUGCUAGGACCUUUUGAGGAUAGAGCCAGCCCUGGGCUUCUCCAGGUUGCCCGAGACCUGCAGGUAAUAAAUAACUGCUGUAGGCUUCAGUGCUCUUAAGGCCCAGUGAGUGCGCCCGGGAAAGGCUUCCUUUGAUGCUUUUGGUUUUCAGGCCUCAUGCUGUCCCAGAUUCUGCCCAUCAGUGGUCUCUCUGCCAUUUUUAAUGGUCGUUCCUUUUUCCUUUGUCUAUGAUCUUUAGUCUGAGGAGACCUUCCUUUCAUUCUACUUUCCUCCUCCAAGCUCCCCGCCUGCUAUAGAUUGAAUGUUUGUGUCUCCCCACCCCAAUUCCUAUGUUGACAGCUAACCCUCAAUGUGAUGGUACUAGGUGAGGCUUUGGGGGUGAUUCGGCCACGAAGAUGGAGGCCUCACAAAUGGGAUGAGUGCUCUGAUAAAAGAGGCUUCAGAGAGAUCUCUCACCCCUUUUGUCAUGUGGGGCUAUAGUGUAAAGACAGCUGUUUAUCAAUGAGGAGGUGGGUUCUCGGCAGAUGCCAACUCUGCUGAGAGCCUCAUCCCGGACUUGCCCAUUUCCACAACUGUGAGAAAUAAAACUUUUUAUUUAUAAGCCACCCAGCCUAUGGCAUUUCGUUAUAGCAGCCUGCACGAACUAAGAUACCAACCUUCAAAAAAAUGAUUAUUUAAAAAAUAAUCAUUAUUAUUAAAAAAGAAUUAUUCAAACAGUACCAAAGCUUUUUCGAUGAAUAGGACGUCUUCUUCCCAUCCUACAUUUCCUGUCUCUUGCUAGAGGCAAUAAUUACUAUCAGUCUCCUAUGUAUCUUCCCAGAUGUAGCCCAUGUUUAUGUCUCUAUCUACAAACCCUGAUUUCUUUGUAAACACAGCAGAUUAUGCCCCUUGUUCAGUACUUUUAUUUUCUACUCAGUGACGCAGUGUUCAUUUCAGAACACAUCUGACUCAUUCUUUUUGACGGCUGUGUAGUAUUCCCCUGUAAGGACCCCAUGGAUGGAUAGGCUUUUGCAAAUACAAGUGAUGCUGCAGUUAACAUCCUUCGACAGGUGACUUCAGGUACCUGAGGAAGCAGAUGUCGGAAACAACAAUGCUUUCUUUUCUAAGAGGUAUCAAAGAUUUGUGCUGCCUGUUUCCACCAGACUGCCCAGGCAUGGCCCACACUGGCUGCCUCCUCCUUCUCUCUACCCCCUAAAUACUCCAGUAUGGCUUCCACCCACUGACACGCUCAAAAGUCAACCAUGACCUCCUUUCUUAGUGCAUCACCUCUGACUUUUCUGUAGAAUUUUGAUCUCACUGCCCAUCACGUCCUGAAACUCCUUGCUUGGCUGUUAUGGGAGAUAAUCUUUGUCCUCUCUCUAAUCAUGCUUUUCCUGUGACCUUCGCCUGUCUUCCAAAAGUCAUCAUUCGGCAGGAGCUUGAGGGAGUAGAACCUGCUGGGCCAGCCCUUUCUGCUCCUGGUUGUCUCACCCAGGUGGUCUCACCAUUUAGCUCACUGCCUGGACCCAGAAGAACGUAAGGUUUUGGUCAAUAUCCAAGUUCAAACUCUCUUCUAGGCUCAAGUCCUUCAUUAAAAAAAAAAGGUGCUCUUUGUAAUUCCUGCACUUUAUUAUCACUGUUAAUAUUUAUCCUGUACUAUUUAAAAAAUAUGAAAAUUGUAAAGAACAACAAAAAAACAGAGUAACACAGCGAAUACCAAUGUACCCAGCAUUCAGCUUCAUAAAGUGUGACCAGUACAGGUGAAGCCUCUUUUGUACCCUCCCCGCCCUUGAGAGAUAAUCAUUAUAUUGAAUUUGGAACUUGUCAUUUCCUUGCUUUUUAACUGAGUCCUGCAUUUCUGACUGACCUCUCUGGAUAUCUCCAUAUGGGUAUCUCACUCAGCAUGGUUAAAAGCAAAUACAAGUGAUUCCAUUUAUGUAAAAAGGAAAUACAUUAUAUAAAUCUAUCCAUCCAUCCACAGAAAUCCUUCCAGAAAGAUCUGUAUCAGGCCUCUCCGAGAUGACAUAACAUUAACAGUGAUUAUUUCUGGAUGCUAGGACUAUGGGUAGUUUUUCUAUCUACUCGUAUUUUCCAAAUUUUCACUAAUGGAACAUGGAUUACUUUAAUAAUAACAAUUUGAUAAUACCCCAAACCUAUCUUCCCCACCAACCUUCAUGCCAAUUUAGCUCUGACCCUAGACUUCCCUAUUUCUAUCAGAAUUCUGGAAUUCUUCCUAGGUUCAAAACUUGGCAGGCGUGAUUGAUACCCAUUUCCUUCUCUCACACUCCCUAUAUUUUGGCAUUGAGUGAAUUUCCAUCUCUUCUGUUAGACUGUAAGUUCCAAAGAUAAGACUUUGUCUUAUCCAGCUCCCUGGGGCCUGUCACAUAACACAGCUCAUAAACAGAUGCUUCAAAAAUGGUCGCUGAACCUUCUGCUUGAUGCCUAAGGCUUGUCUGCAUCUUGCAACUGUCACCUGGCUGAGACACUGUUGCUAUAAAUAAGCAGUUUCUGUUUCAGGUAUGGUUUUCCCUUGAUAUUUACACACCAUCUCUUACCCCACCCAAGCCUCAAACUUCUAGAGGGAGUUAGAGCUGGUAUUCAAAUCCUUAGCCACAAUGCAGGGACCCCAUUAAGACCCAAGCCAUCCACGUAAGCUUCUUUUUAUCCCCUCGGCGUUGUAGCUGCUGUCACUCCACUUGCUGGAGAAUUCUUGACGAGAUUUUGCUUGUCUUCCAUGCUGUUCUUUCUGUAGUCUCCUUGUUUCUUUUCGCAAUCAAGUUCCAGAUGGCUCAGCAGUGCUCCUCCCCAAAUCAGUAUUUUGACGGAUUGCUGAAUGCUUGCAAACCAUGUCACCUUCGCUGUUCUAAUAGCCCUCCGACAUGUCAGCGUUACUGUAAUAACACAAUGAAAGGACCCACCAAUGCCAUUCUCUGGACCUGUUUGGGCCUGAGCUUGCUAGUGUCUUUGACACUUUUCAUACUGAUGUUUUUGCUGAGCAAGAUAAGCUCUGAACCACUAAAGGAUGGAUUUAAAAGCACAGAAUCAGCUCUCCAGAACGAGGCUAAUGCUGACCUGGACACCAAAAAAGAGAGCAGGACCGGGGUGGAAAUUCUUCUUUCCAGAGGCUUGGAGUACACAGUAGAAGAAUGUACCUGUGAAGACUGUGUCAAGAGCAAACCCAAGGUCGAUUCUGACCAUCGCUUCCCACUCCCAGCGAUGGAGGAAGGCGCCACUAUUCUGGUCACCACGAAAACCAGUGAGUACGGCGAUGGCCUGCCGGCUGCCGGGAACGUCCCAUGGACGGAGAAACCAGUUUCUACCAGAUAAUUCACCAUGUCGACUGGCGUAGAGCUGCUCGGAACAUCUUUGGUCACAAGGAAAGGAUAAUAUAGAAGAUCUCUUUAGGAUGAUUGCACUUAUCAGUUGCUGAAACAGCUUUUUGUCCUCUAAUUCUGGAAAAUCUUUAUAUUAAGAUGUAUUUCUCUUAGUGUUGGAAGCUUAACUGUGGAAACUUCCUUGGUUUCAUGAUUAAAUUCUUGACUCACUGAAAAAAAGUAUUGCAAUGUGCAGAUCCCAGAGUCACACACUUCUAUGGCUGGACCAGUUCCCUUCUAUCCUUGCACAUACACACUUCAGGACACACUGACGUUUUCUGUUUAUUGUUAAAGGAAAGCACAGUUAUCCUAUGUACUUCUGUAGCUAGGAGAAGCCUAGAGUCAGCCACACUCACUCAGUGUGCAAUGCAUGGGGACUUCCUGACCUUGUCAGCUUCCAGCUUAGGCCUCAGGCAUUAUUAUAACGAUAUAAAUAUAAUUGCUAAUUGUGAUUAAAGUAUGCUAAGUAUUGUUUUCAGACCCAAAUGCAGGUGAAGAUAAUGAUGGCUACACGUAUGUAAUCUUACUAAUAUGCCAGGGAUUGUUCUAAGUGCUUUACCUGUACUAACUCAUUUAAUGCAUAUAACAAACCAGAAGAUAGAUGAACCAUUAUCAUCUCCAUUUUACAGAUAUGACAGAAACUAAGUCAGAGCAAGGUAACAUAGCCCGUAAACGGUAGAACCAUAACUUAAACCCAGACAUCUCAAUCUAUUUGUUUCCCUCUUCACAUCAACUUAGUUCCAUCUCUGAGUUCCCCAUCUCUUUGGGCUACCAUCUUAGUCGUUAUGGGGGGGGGGGGUUCCCUUGCUGUGGUUGUGCAAAAGUCCUGGGGUUGUGUAAAGCUCCUUAUGGGAAGGCUAUGAAACAGUGAUGCCCUCUGGUCACCUGUUGACUUUAAUCCUUAUUAAGAUGCCUAGUGGCACCACAGUAUAGACCCUCAAAGUCUUGGGGCUUCGUGGCUUUUGUUUUGGGUUUGGGCUAUGUGGAAACUUGGUGGGAUCUUUUUACCCAUUUGGGGCCCAUCCUGGUGCCAUUCCAGGCCCUUGAGGGUCACAGGAGACAAUACAGUAUAGUGGUUAAAAGAAUGGCUCUUGGAGCUAGACUUCCAGGGUUUGAAUCCUGUGUCUGUUAUUAGGAAGUUAUGAGCAAGUUCUUUAACCACUCUGCUUCAGUCACAUACAUACUUACUUUUUCCAUAAAAGUCUCUGGUUCAUAAUAAGUAAUUUGUGUUAGCUAUAUUGCUAUAAUGAUUUUUAUUCGUCCCUUUGAGGUCUCCUCUCUCUGAGGGCAGGCACGCACAUACUCCUUUGUUAUAUGGCCUGGGAAUAUUGCUCCUCACUUGUCACAGGCCCUCUUCCUUCUGUUCUCAUCCCCUAGUACAAUCUCCUCAAUGCAUUUAGAGAGCUGCUGGCAUUAGGUUUUUGAUUCUUGGUCCUUCAGGAGCAGGCUAACAUCUCAGGAGGAAGGAAUGACAGUACUUAAAGAGUGGUUGGUGGUAGAAAACGUAAAGCACCAACUACAUUUUCAGUAACAUCCUUCAUCAAGUGCCAUGAAGAAAAAGUACAGGAC